CAAGGCUCUGGCUAGGCAAGCUAUCGCGCUCAAGUCUGCAGUUAGGAGUGCCUAUUAACUGUAAACAACAACAUGUCCGAAAGCAAAAGCCCACAGCAGUGGUCUACGGAUGAAACCAGAGUUCUGCUCACGAUAUGGUCUUCCACGGAGAUCCAGGAGAAACUAAAGCGCACGAAAAGGAGGAAAAAAGUGUACGACGAAAUAAGCCAAGAGAUGUUGGACGCUGGCUUCAUUCGUUCGAACGAGCAAAUCGUAAACAAACUAAAAAAACUUAAGAAGGACUACAGGGACAAGAAGACGAAAAUAAAUAAGAGUAAGAAAGCCGUUAACUACGACGUUAUAUUAGAGUCAGUUCUUGCACAGCGACCAGCGAGUAAAGUGACCGAGGCGUUGAAUUCAGCGACGGCCAUGGAUACAAACGCGGAAUCGCCCGAUUCCUCCGCAACUGAGCUCGGCAGCAAAACACCCGAGAACAAAACCAUACAGCAGUGGUCUUUGGAGGAAACCAGCGUGCUGCUUGGGAUAUGGUCUUCUUCGGAUAUCCAGGAGAAAUUGGAGACCUUGACAAGAAAGAAAAAAGUGUACGACGAGAUAUGCCAAGAAAUGGCGAACGCUGGUUUCAGUCGUUCAUCUGAACAAGUCAUAAACAAGCUUAAAAAACUUAAGAAAGAGUUCAGGGACCAGAAGAAGGACCUACGUAAAUGCGUCAGUGAACGGAGCAAUAAAACGGCCAACUACGACGUUAUGGAGGUACUUGAACACCUACAAGCGAGAGAAUUGACUGGGGCCUUUAAUUCAGCAACAGCCAUGCUGGAGACGAAAGCGCAAUCACUGAUACCCACUGUAUCUAAUGUUGACAGUUUGGUGGAAGUCGAUGAUGUGCUGGAGCGAGCUGAAUCGUCCUUCAGCUCUUCUCAGUCACAACCAAGAAGGUGUCUGCGGCAGAUCAGAAUAAGGAAGAAAGGUUCAAAUAAGGAGCUGUUGGAAUACUUACAAACUGCUGAUGAACGGUUUAUGGAGCAUGCCAGAGAACUUAAUGCUGUCAUUCUUAAGAAAAUGGAUGAAGCUACAAAUUCUAUGCUAGGACUAUUGGGACGCAUGGUUGCUGUAAUGGAGGGACAAGAGGCAAACAAUCAGUGAACACAGGACUUCUACACAUUUUAUUCUCUUUUGCACACUUUUUACCUACACAAAUGGAAAUUUCAACCCUAUGUAGGCUACUUAAAAAAAACAAAAAGUACUCAUUCCUGGUUUCAUUGUGAAAUGUUUAUUGGUGCACAUUAUUAUGAUCUUUAAUCAAAAUGUAAUAAACUUGUUCUAAUAUGAAA